CGUUCGGCGUCAGUUCAACUCGCGCAAGUGUCUCGCGACGCGCCCGUGACGCUGUCUAGGUAGGCAGCGGGAUAGUAUUUGAGACACAGCCCGAGAGUUAGUGGGUGGACGUGUGGAGGCUGUGCUUGCGUGUGUAGGGGGUUGGACUUUUCCGAGGCCAGGCUCUGUGUAGUCGAGCACAAGUCUCUCUCGACGUCACUCGCAUUGGAAGGCGUAUGUGUCGGUCAUAGUGACGGACUCCGUGCUCGCGGAUAGUCUGCUGUCCUUUUCUCUCUCCACAAACUCACUGCCGACCUUCCUCAUCAGCUGCGAGAGUUUUCUCGGUGCCGACUGUCAACAAUAAAACAAAGAUCCAUCCCGAUGCUUCAGUUUAUUCCUCCACUUGAAGUAGACGAGCAGAUAUAUGUUGGGUAAAGGGACAAAGCGGAAACUAGAUGAGGAUGAAGAGGGGCUGGAAGGCAAAGCGUUGGCGGCAGGGGCCGGAGCGAUGGCCAACGGGCUCUCGAAGGUCUCCUACACCCUGCAGAGGCAGACCAUCUUCAACAUGUCUUUGAUGAAGCUGUACAACCACCGGGCCCUGACCGAGCCCAGCUUGGAAAAGCGUGUGCUCAUCAACAACAUGUUGAGGCGCAUCCAGGAUGAACUGAAGCAGGAGGGCAACCUGCGGCCGCUCUUCUUCCCCCCUUCCCCUCCUCCAGACGACCCUGUGGAUGAAGGUUUCCGCGAGGCACAGCCUGCUUUCAGCGUGUUGUCCAUGGUAGCUCCACCGCUGUCCCAGUCGCCGGCACUCUCCUCUCCGGUCCUUACAUCGCCUUCGCCAGUGCUGUCAAACCCAGCGCCUUUGGAGGCCUGCCUCACCCCAGCUUCGCUUUUAGAGGAGGACAGUGUCACGCUUUGCACAUCACCCUCUCUGCUGGCUCCUCCUCUUCCGCCAACUCUUCCCAGACUCCCUUCAUCUGUGGCCAGAGACAGCUUUUCUUCUGCCCUGGAUGAGAUUGAGGAUCUCUGUCCUUCACCCUUACCUACAACUACAUCAGCGCCUGGUGCUACCUCCCCUUCAUCCCUUACAGUGUCCCUCCAACUGCCGUUGUGUCCCCCCAGCUUAAACUCAGGGGCCUUGGACUCCAAAGACUGCAGUAAGCCUUGCAGCCCAAAGCUUGAAGGGCUGGUCCCGCUGCCUGAGGAACGCUCUGCAGUCCCUAAUGCGCCAGAGACUCUUCCUCCUAACAGCCUGGACAUGAGCACCUCACCCUCCGCCUCGUCCUCGGGCUUUCUGACAGACCUGGCCCUGGACGACAUCCUCUUUGCAGACAUUGACACCUCCAUGUACGACUUUGACCCCUGCACCUCGUCCUCGGGCACGGCCCCCUCGAAACUGGCGCCCUUGGUGACUGCAGACGAGCUCCUCAAGACUCUUUCGCCCUACAGCGGUGGCGCUCCUGCUGUCAGCUCAAACCAGCCUUUCAAAAUGGACCUCACCGAACUGGACCAUAUUAUGGAGGUGCUUGUGGGAUCAUGACCAGGUUUGGAAGGGAACUGGGGAAGAAAUGCAAAACCAAUCAAAGAGUUUUUAAAUAUAAACUGAGAACGAAAACUGAAGAAUCACUUUGUGAGUGUUUGGGGGCUUUUUGUACAGUUUUGUGUUUUUGUUUUUAAAAACAAAGGAAAUUGUCCAUUUUAAUGGUGACGUUGCCCAGUACUACUUCUCAACACUGUGCAUGCACUGUGCUUGCCUUUCCCAAAAAUGAACAUGAAGAAAUCUUACAGAACACACUUUGGCUUCUGGCAGAUCUGAGUGCCUUCAUCAUUUAUGACCACUUGCUAAAUUCCUGUUUGUUUGUCUUGUCUCAAUUUCCUCAUCAUCAUUUCUAAUCGAACAAGAUGGAUUAUUAGAGGAGUAGCGUCUCUCUUUCCCCUUCUCAGCAUACAGGUGCAAGAAUGUGCAACGGCAGCCUAUUUUCAUAUUUUUCUUUCAGUUUCACAAAGCACAAUAAGAGCAACUUGGUAAUUUUAUGUUAACGUAUUUUUUUUCCUAUUCAAAGCUGAUUUAUUGCUUUUUAGUAAUAUUUAAAGUAGUCUGUUAAUAUGUGGUCAUUUAUUCUUUUUUUUUUUUAUCUGCUUCCAUUUUAACGUUCAUUUAAGGGAUAGUCCACCAUUUACUAACUCUCAUGUCUUUCCAAACCUUCAUAAGAUAUUUUUUUGUCCAUAUAAUGAAAGUCAGUGGGGUCCAAUGUUGUUUUGCACCCUGUUUACUUUUAAAAAAAAAAAAAAAAGCUUUUCAUGCUUCACAGAAGAAAUAAAGUUACAGGUUUGGAAUGAUAUAGUUAGUAAAUGAUGAUAAGAUUUUAAUUUCAGGUGAACUACCCCUUUAACAUUCAAUUAGUAAAACAUAUGCAUUUAUGAAAUAUACACAUUUAUGAAAUAUGCUUUACCAGAUUAUUUAUACAUGGAUGUGUGUAGUGGUCAGAUAUUUACAGUCAACCAACCAAAUUACUUGUGAUCUGCCAUAACGGCUCAGAUUCCAUGUGUUUACAUCUCAGCUGGCAAUAACUGAACAUUUCUUCUGAUGCACAUUGUUUUACAGAUACAUUUCUUUGAUAAGCCAAUGCUAAAACCCCUUUACGCUACAAAUAAUGUAUGCAAUCAAUGCUUUUCUGAUCAGUAAUAAGCAAACUGUCAACUUUUCUCAGCCAUUUCAUUUUUUUAUCUGUCGUAACUUCUCUUUUUUGGCCUUUGUUUUGGCUUUAUAUCAU